GUCAAACACACGCGGGGACAGAGGGUGGACUGACUGCAUCGACACAGCAACAAAUAAAAUACAUAGCAAAAAAAAAUAACCCCCCACCCCCACAAAAAAAAAAUACCCUUCCGUGGAUUAUACCAAUAGAUAGUCUACACUUAUUGGCAUCUGAUCUUCAACCGACCACAUCUCUCGAAAUUGGAUUGAAAGCGAAUUAGCCAUCAACCCCACACCCCCACCCCCCCAUCCAUUCAAUAUUUAUUAAUCUUUUCUGCCCUUUUUUGUUGUUUCCUUCCACCACCACCACUGUGACUACUUGGAUCCGAACCCCAAGUUAGGAUUUAAUACAUCCCAAACAAUCACUGCGAAGGAUCAGAGAAGAUCAACGCCUGGAAAAGGAGGGAGGAGAGAGGACCACAGCACAAGGUAGCAGCAGAGCUCAGAAAGAGGACAGAUUAGACACACAAAAGAAGAGGGGAGAACUCAACGGAAAUUAGAAGUGAUUUUCUUCGAAAGAGUUGGCGAAACACCAUGACUAUAACGGAGAUGAACAGAUUUAACAUAAGUCCUGAUGACGACAGCAGCAGCACCAACAGCAAUGAAUACAACUACACAGAAAAUGCCAGCACAAAAAAGGUCCCCAUCAAUAGUCAAUAUGUUGACAUUGACGCAGAGAGUCAGAAUUUUCUGCCAAGUUUAUAUUAUGGGAAGAAGAAAUUUGAGGAAGAAUAUAGGCCUGGGAAUACCUCGUUUGGAAUUUCUGCUUUCAACCUCAGCAAUGCUAUCAUGGGGAGUGGGAUUCUUGGACUGGCUUAUGCCAUGGCCAACACUGGAAUUGUACUUUUUGUGAUUCUUUUGUCUGCUGUAUCAAUAUUUUCACUAUAUUCUGUUCACCUUUUAUUGAAGACUUCAAAAGAAGGAGGUUCACUGUUAUACGAACAACUGGGACAAAGAGCAUUUGGAAUGCCUGGAAAGGUUGCAGCUUCUGUUUCAAUUACAAUGCAAAAUUUUGGAGCUAUGUCAAGCUACCUCUAUAUCGUGAAAUAUGAACUACCAUUAGUUAUUCUUGCUUUCCUGAACCUCACAGAAAAUACUGGACAUUGGUAUCUGAAUGGUGAUUGGUUGGUUAUCAUAGUGUCAAUCGUUCUGAUCCUGCCUUUGUCUCUCCUAAAGAAUUUAGGGUACCUGGGCUAUACCAGUGGUCUGUCUCUUCUUUGCAUGGUCUUCUUUAUGAUAGUUGUAAUCCACAAGAGCUACCAUAUCCCUUGUCCAUUGCCACAACUGGAUGAAGACUUAAUAAAUGGAACAGUGAAUAGCACAAUAAUGAUUGGUAGUUUUACCUAUGAAGCAAUUACAAGUGAUCCUCUGGCCAGUGCAUUACAUAAUGCAACUGAUCUGGAUAUGUGCAAACCAAAGUACUUUAUCUUCAAUUCACAGACUGUUUACGCUGUACCAAUUCUGACCUUUGCAUUUGUGUGUCACCCAGCUGUACUGCCCAUCUAUGAAGAACUCAAAGACCGUUCACGUAAGAAAAUGCAGAGGGUUGCCAAUGUUUCAUUCUUGGGUAUUUUUGUCAUGUACCUGUUGGCUGCUGUCUUUGGUUACCUGACAUUCUAUGGACAUGUUGAGCCAGAGCUGCUUCAUACAUAUUCAAAGGUGUACAAGUUUGAUACUGUCCUCCUCGUUGUCCGUUUGGCAGUACUCAUGGCUGUAACAUUGACUGUUCCUGUUGUUCUGUUUCCCAUCCGUACUUCUGUUCAACAGUUGUUAUUUCCUAGCAAAGAAUUCAAUUGGGUACGUCACUCUCUAAUCACCGUAAUAAUUCUGGGUCUCGCCAAUUGCCUGGUGAUCUUUGUUCCUACCAUCCGAGACAUCUUUGGAUUCAUGGGUGCCUCUGCUGCUGCUAUGCUGAUCUUCAUCCUUCCCUCUGCAUUCUACAUCAAACUUGUGAAAAAGACUAUGAAAUCAGUACAGAAAAUUGGGGCAUUAAUUUUUCUCAUCUGUGGAAUAUUUGUUAUGAUUUCAAGCAUGACUCUCAUCAUUCUCGACUGGAUUCACAAUGCUUCAACGUCUGAAGGUCACUAAGUCCUCUAAGAGAUGAGGCAUGUAGUGAGCCAACAGGAGCUGUGUUGUUCAUGAAUCGUUCUGCCUAAGAACAAAAAUAACAAUUUUUUGUUUCUGUUUUCUUCACGUUUUCAGUGAUUCGGGAAGACAGACUUCAAGGGUUGUAAUGCGUUGUGGCAAUUUUUUUGUUGCAUUCUUAGAAUGGGAUCUCCCUUUACAAACGCACUGCGUAGAUACUGCUGCUGCAAACGGCACAUGGUAACUCCCAUUAUGUUGGUUGCCUUCCCAGAAAAUACGUGUUACUUUCCAAAGACUGCUUUCCAUAAGCAGAUUAUGUAUUAUAACCGUUAUGUGGGCUGUGAGCAGUAAUAAUAAUAUUGUUCACAGAAGAAUUUUUUGUUGGGGGAAAUGUGUACAAAAUGUAUUUAUAAAGCCAUAUUAUUGGCAGUCCAAAAUAUUACAGACCCAUCAACAAUGUGGGCUUCUUUUUGUUUGUACAUACGUGACCUAAAUUCCUGUAGAUGUGCCUAACUAGUCGAUUUACUGUAUAUUGCUAGAUUAAGAGUAGCACUUGAUCUUUAAAUAAUCUUUUUUGAUAUUUUAAAAAACUACUUGUGGACAUAGACUUAACUAGAAUAUUUAAAUUUUAUGGCAGUAAUUUGAAUUUUCAGUUGAGAGUUGUGUUUACUUCAGUUCAGAAUGUAAUGUUUAUGACAAUAAAACCUUGACAGAGUUAGAGAACACACAAUUAAAAGUUGUUUCUUGUGAACAACCCAACUUUCAUCUAGAAGUACUUUAAGGUUCUGUAGUAAACUAACCACAGACACUGUGCUUUAGGGUGCAGUUUAAUAAUGUGGAGGUCAUGGCUUGUCAAGAAACAUAGGGGUGAUGUUCUGCAUGGUGAUAUGUGCACUAAUUUCAGUGUGUACCUCUGAUGGGAAGAUCUCACUGUAAGUGUACAUUGCCAAAGUCAGUAGUAGCAAGAGGAGUAUUGCUAUCAUAGUAUCUUGAGGGUACUGAUGCGAAGCUGAGUUUCUUUGUUAAACCAUACUGUUUUUGGGGUAUAAUUAAUAACUGAAUAAAACAACAUCUGGAACCCAUUUCCUAAUUAAUCAGCUAAUUUAAAUAACUUUGAAUACAUUUUGUAUAAUAUGUUAAUUGCAGACUGGACACUUAUUCACAUCUACCAGUUAUUCACAUCCCUUCAUCGUGUAUUAUUGAAUAAUGGGCAUCUGCUAGUUUGUCUAGCUCUAGUCAACAGUUUAUGGACAUGUGGCGUAAGUGCUGGCAUUUUAUUACUUCUUAAUACAUGUCAAAGGUACACUUCAUACAUUGAACUCAUUACAAAGUGUCCGAAUGACAGUGCUAGCAGAAUAAUUCCCCUGAUGGUAGCCCUAAAUUGCCCCUUCAAUCUCGCAAUUUGUCUGAAAGCAAUUAAAAGCGAUUGACGUUAAAUUUGUGUGAUUGGAAUAAACACUAUGCUACGUUUAUUACUUUCAUUGUUACAAGAUUGUUCAAAAAUGAAAAACGCUAACAAUAUCUAGCUCUCUAAUUAAUAUGUUCCCUUUGUAUCCCUUUUAUUCUGUUUGCAAUUUAUCAUAGGUGCAGCUAAUUCUAAAGCAGUUCUAUUGCAUUAAGCUGUGAAUUCUAAUGAUUCCUCCCUCACAGCAUUCAUUCAAUUUCUGGAAGCCAACAUGAGACAAGUUUGUGUAAAAUUACAAUGUAAACAUGUGAGGUGCUGUCAGUUUGAUACUGAACAUUUCCAGGUAUAUAUUAAAAAAGUAUCGCAGGUAAAAGUGGAACAAGGAUCCAUAAAUCGAGGAUUUAAUAAAUCAGUCUACUUUCUUAGAUAAUUGUUAAACGUUUAGCACCAUCAUUUGUUACCCAAGUGAUGAUGACAAUUCACCCUACUGAUAUUUGGCUUCACAGUGUUAGAGUAAUAUUCUGGUGUCACCUGGUGUUUCCCUGUUUUACUUGAAGGAAACUUUAUAUAUUGUGCUUCCUAUGACCAUUCAACCUUCUGUGGUCUGGUUGUUUUUUUAAUUUGCUAUUGUCAUCAAAUAUUUAUAGACCUGGAGAAAUCAGUAUAACUUAACAUAUUUAUGACGAUGUAAAUAUCAAUGUAUAUAAUCUUCCACUGGUUUGGAUAAUGUGUAUAUAUAUGUCAAUAUUUAAACAGUGAUAUUGUUCCAUGAAGUCCUAAUGAGAAGAGUUAAUGGCAUCGUAUCAAAGUCAGUAAAUAAAAGAUAAGCAAUGGCAGUUUUAAGAGCUUCUGCUGAUUCAAUGGUAGAAGGAGCUUUGUUUCAGUGCUCUGUAUUUACUUUAUUAAAUGUAACUUGUGUAACACAAAAUUAUCAAGUUUUAUAAAUGGCAUAUUCCUGCCAUUAACAGUGAAUGCACAAUGUUUGUAAAGAGUGACUGAGCAAUCAUAACUUCUGGAUUGCUGAUAAUUGCUGUUAAACAGAACCUCAGUUAUUUUGCCAUAUGAAUCGCAUGUCAUCUGAAGCAAGUGUAAUUAAGAAUAAAUUACAGUUAACAAAGGUCAACAAUAUUUUUAGAAUUUACUGAAACAUAAAAUGCAUAUAACUGCUUUUUUAAAAAAAUUAAAUACGGUAAUUCUCAUAAUGGCUGUUUUAAUUCUCUUGAGAAAAUGUUACAAAGAGCAUUUGGAGUGAAUUGUAACUUGCCAUUGCAGCUGGAAUUUAUGUUCCCACAGGAUAAUCACCAGACCUAAACUAAAAAGCUUGUGUAUUCAUAUUGCUCACAUAAUUCACUCAAAAUAUUUGUACCAGUGCAAGCAUGCAUUAAAGAGAGCCUUGAGAAGCAUGAAUGCUGUCUUUAGCAUACCUUUUGGGUUACUGUGGAUAGGAUGCUUCCAUGUAUGUUUUUUCUUGACAUUAUGUAAAAUUGAUCUUGUAUGUAUAUUUCUAUACCAUUAACUGUGAGAGGCUGAUCGUGUGGAUGAUUUUUGUUAGUAAAGACUGCAUUACAGUCAGUGUUGCACUGUUGUUUCAAUUAAACACUAUUGUACUGUGUAUAUAUUGUAAAUAAAGUUAUACUCUGAGA